AUGUAUGACGACGGAUGCUUUACGGAUUGCAAUGUGCCGUCCGAUGCCAGCUACGCGAAGGCGUUUGACCAGCAAUCCGCUUCUUCAUCUACGCAGGUCCCGAGUAAGUCUUCGUGCUUAGCGACGAACGUAUCAACCCAGCAAACUGGGGGGGAGAUAGCGGCCUCGCAGGACCGAGAAACACCUUCUGAAACAAUCCUUCCGGCUUACUUUGACCAGGGAAUUCCAUCGGUGUUUAAUGAGUGUUGGGUGGUUUUUGGCGGAGAUGAGGCCAUUGCGCCUAGCGAGGGCCAAGUUUCCUUGCUCCCUCUCAGGGACGAGGUGGAUACAUUGACGCGAGUACGCAGUGCUAACGGCACCAGGGAGUGUGGCUGCGGCUUGCCGCCUUCGUCGUCUUCAUUGUGGGGUUCCUACCCUUUUCAGACCUCGGAGCGCGUUGGUUGGACCGAAGCGUCACCACCGUCCGCAAGAGCCACCUCUUCCCAAUCUUCUCACUGUGCAGCGACGCAAUCAGCGUGUGCGCCGGAAGGUGCCAUCAAAAAUUUACCACGUCCCUCCAUCUAUCCUUUUUUUGAGGAUUUGUGGGUGACGCGGGGCAGUAACUCGCUGGGGUGUCCAAGGCAAGAGCAGCAUCUCUCUGAGAAAGGGCAUGCCGUGACACCGUUUUUGGCUCCCGUAGAGCUUCUCAAGCUACGGGGUCACCAACCUGCGUUGCAAUGUCGGUCAGCUAAUAGCAAUAGUAAUUUGUUGAAUGCUGUUGGCGUUGCCCAGCGUGAGACAUGCGUGGAGGUGCCAGAAAAAGUAACAGAGACGGUGAAGGCCAAAACGGCGGACGCGCUCCCUUCCGAUGAAGCUCGGGGCAAGCGAGAGACAGAGAAGGAGACCUUGUCGCGUGCAGAAAGGGGCUGUGUCACGGAGCCUCCUCGAAGUGAGCUCGAAGAUAGGAUGAGGUUACGCCAAAAGUGUUUGGAUCCGGAGACUUACUUUGCUAUCCGCCGUGGAGCACACAGGGCAUCUUUGGCGCUUGUUCGACAACGGCUCAAUGGACAUUUCACACACUCCAAAACACAGUGA